UGGCUUCGUUGGUCGAAAACACUCAAGCUAAGUUAGUUUAUUCCUCGUACUUUAUUCCUCGCCUCAGUCAGCCAAAAGCUGAGCACAGGGAACACUGGCACAGUGUCAUACCCGCUCCGUGCUCCACUUGAUUAUAAUUAAAAAUUAUCUACUGGGUGCUCAGCCAAUAGUCGACUGGGCUUCUGGCCAUGGCCUCUGUCGUCGGCCUCCGUUGGUUAGUUGGUAUCGAGAGCUGCGCCGGCGCAGAACGUCUGAAAAAGUUUGCGAAGGUUGGAUAUUGUGCCGGGAAUUUAAAUGAGCCACGACUGAGUUGCGAAAGUAAAUUUGUACGAGUAGAAAGUGUGGGACUAUGGGGAGGUUGUUGGUGGUUUUGAUCUUUGUAGGCUUUGUCCUGCCUAGUUCCUCGACUGACUCUACUUUGACUACCUUCCUCGUAGAGGCCAACCAACAACUGGCCGGCAUCUAUGAUCAGGUGGUCUUGGCCCAGUUGCAGAAUGUGUUACGUGGAUCCAACGAUAUUGUAGCUCUCCUCGAGAUGGAAAUAGCGGACGAAAAGCUGCUGAACUACCUAAAAUCUCUGAUGCCUCAUCUGGCAUCUCAAGUUCAAGCGUUUGAAGUUGGGGGAUGCCAGCCAGAAGAGGCAGCUGAAGAGGAUACCGAGGCUGGGCUACGAUGCCUUGGAUGGCAUGGAGCUCGCUCAAGUUUAUGCGCUCGCCUCCAACAUGAGCGACAGCUACCGCAAUGUCCUAAAUUGCGCUUAUAAGCAGCCAGGGAAUUGCACUUUGCGGCUAAUACCAGAGGUUCAGGCAAUAGUCCAGGAGAGCCGUGACCUGGAUGAGAUCGAGUACUACUGGCUUGAGUGGCGACAACGCACUGGACUGGCCACUCGGGAUCAGUUUGUGGCCUUAAUGAAGUUGUAUAAGAAUACCGCCCAGCUCAAUGGAUAUCCGCGGGCCGAGGAUUAUUGGUUCCGAUCGCUAGACCAAAAAUCUUAAAACCAACUUGAUUUAGUGUGAUAUCACAGAAGAUAUCACUAAAAUUGGUUGCGCUAGCUUUUAUAGUCCUUGAGAUCUAGGCGUCAAGCAAGACGCCAAACGGAAGGAUGGACAGAAACGGCUAUAUCGACUCGGCUAUUGUUGGCUUUGAAUUAAAUAUUUGUUAUUAUCGCUUA